ACAAUUCCAAAUCAUUAAUCUUCAUCAUAAAUUAGCUGUGCUGUCGUCGAUUCAAUAAAGAGAUCGUGCCACAGUCUCCCAUAGCACGUCCAGGCGAGCCAUUGAGGCAGAAAAACGAAAGUACACAAGAAGCCAAAGAAGUGGGCGGAUGCAUGCGUCCAUCCGUUGCCUGAGAACAAUGCCAUUCACAAUGCCAUUCAGCCAACGUCAUCGUCAAACCGGCCGAUUUUCAAACCCAGCCCCAACCCCGUGGACAAAGGAUAAUGCUCUCCCGCAAUCUGCUGCCCACCCCCAUCCUCUCCCCCCACCAGAAGGAGAAAAAGAGAUAAAACAGUAUGCUGCUGUCCGGAUCCGCCAUCCGCCCCUAUGGGCUGUUCCCCUCCCAACAAUUUCGUUUCCCACAAAAUAGAAAUAAAAGAAAAGAGAUUGUCGUCCGCCGAGUUUUCGUGUUGUACAUGUUGGCGAGAUUCGAGGAAUUCGCUUCGGUCCGGGACGCGUCGUACACAACCA